GGGUUGGAUACAUGUAGUUGUAUAUAUGUAUAUAGAUAUAUAUAUAAUAUACGGUAUAGAAUAACGAGAAACGAGACUAUGGCGACGACGACGACGCUAACCGUCUCCUCGCGCGCAGCCCGCAAUAUGUCGUCCUCAUAUUAAAAUGCCUAAAAUAUAUAAUUCUGUGUCUUUUAAAUAAUAUCUAAUUGUCGGUUAUUUAAUUAUAAGUGCAAUAAUGAAAUUAUACAUUUGUAGAUAAUUUAUUAUAAUUUAAUACAUGUAUGUAUUUUUUUGUUUAUAAUAUGAAGUGACGGGAUUGGAACUGUUGUAAUAAAUAAAAAUCGAAAGCUAGUGUGAAACAAAAAAAAAGGAGAGUGAGAUGAAAGGGAUGUGGAUUAAUAGGAUUGUAGAUUGUAGAGGACGACAGUUAUAAAAUGAUAUUAGCGUUUGAAUUUAAUUUAAAAUUAAAAUUAUUAUUUAUUUAGUUUUUUUUCUUUAUUUGAGUAUUGAUUAGAUAAAAUGGAUAAGUUUAUUGGAGUAUGUCUGAUAUUUUGUGCAUUAAUAACCAGCGGUCAUUGUGCUGCUGGACUGGAUUUGAUAGUAGAGCCGAAGGAUGUUAUUGUUGAGCCAGGUGGUGCUGCUCGACUUGACUGUCAAGCGUCUAGUACAGUUUACGAUCCAUCAGCUAUAAAUAUCCAGUGGCGUACAGAAGACGGCCAGAUGAUUAAUUUUAUUGGUGACAGUUAUAGAUCACAAUUAGCUAAUGGAUCAUUAUAUAUAAGUAGCGUUUACGCUGAUAAUCCAGAAUUAACUGGUGGUUAUCAGUGUCUAGUAACAGUGGAAAAUGUUGGAGCCGUUGUAUCACAAAUCGCCACUAUCAGUUUGUUAUCACAGUUGCCGAUAUUUGAUGAGGAGCCGCGAGAUAUUGCCGUCAGUUUGGGACAGACGGCAUUUUUUAGCUGCAGUUUAUUGUCAACCAAAUUGUUGGCUGAUCGAGUUAAGAUUCACUGGCUCAAAGAUGAACAUCCGCUGCAGCUUGAUGAAAGUCGCAUGACAAUUAUGCCGUCUUCCGGUGCACUGGAAAUAGAUGAUGUUCGGAACGAAGACGUGGGUUCUUACCGAUGCAAUGCUACGGCAUUUAGUCAGCAUCGGUUGAGUAACAAAGCUCAGUUGUCUCUUGAACAAGAAUCCUCGUCGUUGUCUAUUAAUUUUGACGAACAAUCGCCACCUAUUUUUAUUGCAAAACCUAAACCACAGAUAGCCGUUGAAGGUGCGACGAUUAUUCUUGAAUGCGCAGCUAACGCUCGGCCUAAACCUUCUAUUUUAUGGCUGAAAGACGGAGUUGCUGUUGAUUUAGCUGCGCUGGAUUCGAGAUAUCGUAAAAUAGCAGCAUCUAGUCUUAUGAUUACUGAUAUUAUGGAGGAGGACACGGGAUCGUAUCAAUGUCGGGCUAAAAAUGACGUUGAAACACUUGAUGCAGUGGCUGAAGUAACGGUCCAGGUACCACCGAGAUUUAUUAAGAGACCUGAAGAUAAAGUAGCGAGUGAGAAUCAGGAUUUAGAAUUUGAAUGUGAUAUUUAUGGUAAACCAGAGCCUAAAGUUACUUGGCUUAAAAAUGGAGAAAAAAUAACUUUAAGUGAAUACUGGCAGCUUGUUAAUAAUAAUAAUUUAAGAAUAAAUGGACUACUGCCGAUAGAUGCUGGAAUAUUUCAAUGUAUCGGAACCAAUCCGGCAGGUUCAGUUCAAACUUUCGCUCGACUUGUUAUCAUCCACAAGCCAAAAAAAAUUCAAUUGGCAAAAUUAACAUCGACAACAUUGUCACCAAAAUUAUUGCCGAAAAAAAAAUUAUCUCGUCAACGACCAUUAUAUAACAAUACCUGGCAACAUCCCAGCACGCUCCUUGGUCAUACAUUAUCAGCAUUUACUCCUUCAUCACCAGAAUUAUCAUCAAAUUCUUAUUCUGGUGAUGAAUCCGCGGAUUUAUUUUUUGAUAAAGUAACUGAAACUGAGACUGAUCCUGAUGAUACCUUAUUACCUCCACCUCCACCAUCACAACACCAUCAUCAUAAUCACAAUCAUCAUCAUCACCAACAAAAACCUGAAUCCCGUUUUAUAGAUAACACGGAUAAUUUGGAUUUAAUCGAGGGAGGUGCUGGCAGUGGACCACUUUUAUCAGCACCAAGAAAUCUUAGUGUUGUUAUUGUUUCAACGAGAUUCGUUACUUUACGUUGGCAGAAGCCGGAAAAUGCUGACAGUGACUCAUCACUUACUUAUCAUAUUUACUAUAAGCAAGACGGAUCUCAAAGAGAACGCGUUGUGACAACAGCACAUAGACAAUUAGAAGUAGUCGUUCGAAGUCUUCAGCCCGGAGUAACAUAUCAAUUUCGGGUUGUGGCGCACAAUUCUCAAGGUAUAGCCGGCGCCUCAAGUGAAGUACUUACGGUAACAACACACUCUGAAGCAGACGUACCAAGUCCGCCAUUAAAUCUCGAGGGUCACGCAACUAGUAGUCAAAGUAUAAAAGUAUCUUGGCAAGAGCCAAAGAUUCUCAACGGCCGCAUAUCUAAGUACGUUGUGACAUUGGAAACUACAGACGACGCGAGCAGUAGUUCUGGAGCUGGUGUGUUCAGCGAAGUUGAAAAAAUACGUGAGACGACAAUCACAACUUGUGAACUAGUUGACUUAACGCCUUAUACAGAGUACAGUAUUUCGGUGUACGCAGUGAAUGAAAACGGGCCAGGUCCUUCAACCGGUGAAAUAAAUAUAAGAACAUUUAGCGCGCAACCGUCUCACCCACCACACAACGUAACACUAGAAGCCGCAAGCUCGACAAGUAUAAUUGUAAGAUGGGAGCCACCACUCGAAGGACAAAACGGCAUAAUAACUGGCUACAAAAUUCGUUAUCGUCGUCAGGAUCGUCGCUAUCACUCGAACACAAUAACAACAGAGGGCAACAAACGUCUUCAUGUAAUAUCAGGAUUAGAAAAACAUGGAGUUUAUCAUGUCCGUAUUUGCGCAUUGAAUGUAAACGGUACCGGGCCUUGGACAGAGUGGAUGGCAAUUGAAACUUACGAAAAUGAUUUAGACGAAUCAACAGUACCCUCAGCGCCAACAAAUUUACGAACAAAACCCUUAUCAACAUCAAUAUCCGUGUGGUGGAGUCCACCUAGAGAUGACAAAAUAAAAGUACGCGGUUAUAUUAUUAGCUGGGGUAAAGGUUACCCGGAUGUUUUCAAUCAUGAAUUGGAUGGUAAACAACGUUACUAUUCAAUUGAAUCACUUGAUCCAAUGUCCGAGUAUGUAAUAUCAUUGCGCGCCAGCAAUGAAGCAGGCGAAGGGCCACCAAUUUAUGCGAAUGUCAGAACAACCGAGAAGACAGCCGUUGAAUCAACAGUAACACCACUGAUACCACCCGUUGGUCUCAAAGCAAUUGUACUGUCUGCCAGUACCGUUGUUCUGUACUGGACAGAUACCUCACUUUCGAAAAGUCAAUAUGUCACAGAUCAUAGAUAUUACGUCGUCAGAUAUGCGCCAUAUCAUCCAUUAACGCUGAGUCCACGAUAUAAGUAUUUCAAUGCAACAGAUCUCAAUUGUAUGAUUGACGACUUAAAGCCGAAUACACAGUACGAGUUUACCGUUAAAACAGUUAAGGGAAAACGUGAAUCACCGUGGAGUAUGAUUGUCCUUAAUCAAACACACGAGGCUGCACCCACAUCAUCACCGCGUGAUUUAACUGUUCAGAGUUACGAAGAUCGUUCUACUGCGGUAAUAGUACACUGGCAACCACCUAAGCAACCCAAUGGCCAUAUUAUCGGCUAUAUUAUAUCUUAUUCGACUGAUAAUACUAAACGUGAGAGAGAUUGGCAUGUUGAAGGUGUACUUGGAAACAAGACUGAGUAUAUUAUUAAAGGACUGAAGCCCAGUACAACUUAUUAUUUUAAAAUCCAAGGAAGAAAUGCUAAAGGCUAUGGACCUUUUUCAUCUGUCGUUGUCUUCAAAACACCACAGAGCAAUGGCAUGGAUUAUGAUGAUUUUUACAGCCAACAACAACAAGAUGGACGUGGAUUAUCACAGAGUCUCAUCUACAUAAUAGUAGGCUGCUCAGUCGUAUUAAUAACCGGAGUUGCAGUUGUUGUUGUAUUCGUAUGCUGCAGACGACAAAAUGACUCGCCGGAUCGUAAAAAAGGAUACAUGAAAGAUGUUAAUCAAAAGACAAACAUCAAACCUCCUGAUUUAUGGAUUCAUCACGAUCAAAUGGAACUUAAAGCUUUGGAAAAAUCGUCAAUAAAUGGCGAAACUUUAACAUCAACCACCAGCGGCGGAAUUGUUAAUAAUACACUACCAAGAUCUGGUAAUACUGAUUACAAUCAUACAGAUACAUCUGGUAAUGCGGUAAUAAAUUCUGGUUCAUUGGAUAAACGUACUUACGUACCAAGUUACAUGGCAACAAAUAAUUUGGAUGACAAAUGCUCGACACUCACGAGACAACACAGCCGCAAUAAAUCAAAAUUUAUUCCUCUAACUGUUGUUGAUAGCGGAGGACCGCUACAUUCAUCAAUAGCAUCAGCAACGGCAGCAUCAACGGCCAUUGUAAAUAGUAGUCACGGUAACAGUUUAUCGCAACCAACAAUCUACAAUUCAUCAGACGCAUCACGUGAACCAUCGCGAUCAAUUUAUCCGCGUACUGUUGGUGCUCAAUACAGUUUAAGUAGAGCACACAUAACAUUAGAACCUACUCCAGAAUCAAAUCCAUCAGUGGAUUUAUCAUCAAUGUCAAGUAAUUACGAGCAGCUCCAUCAUAAUUCAAUGACUUACGGCAGUACGCCGUACAAUAAUUCAACAAGUAGUCAACAGUUUACACCUGGACACUACGUUGCCGGCAGCACAAGUCAAUCCUCCGUGGCAGCAAACUCAUCGAGCGUAAUUUCCGGUGGAAAUAGUAGUCGGGGUGAACUUACUGGUAGUGGAUCAGGAACAGAUUCUGCAAAUGCUAACAGCGCUGGUGGAGGCAGCGGUAGCAUCAAACGACUCCAAGGUCAUCCGUUAAAAAGCUUUAGUGUACCAGCACCGCCACCACAGUCGGCACCAUCAACACCAGCGCAACAGAAACACGUCACUCAGGUUUCUCAAGUAACUGUAAGAUCUAGUCUAUCCGGAAGUCCGUAUAAAAAACAACCAUCAGGUUCUUCCUCAGCAGUAGCUAAUACUAAUCAAUUGACGAAAAAUCGAUUGGCUUCCGUUUCAAAUGCCUGUCAUACGCCUGAAGAAAUUGAACGACUUAAACCCUCGUACAGUACCGAGGAAUUGAAUCAAGAAAUGGCUAAUUUAGAAGGCCUAAUGAAAGACUUGAAUGCGAUAACGGCCUCGGAAUUUGAGUGUUGAAAUAUUU